UGUACGCACCUUGGUUUCUCGGUUCAAGUUGUUUACAUGCCAAACAUCCUCCGAUAGCGAAACGAAGCGCGGUGCAAACAAAAUGAGCUCAAGUUCUUCUAAUUUUCUCGUGCUGUUAAAAACGUUUACUGAAUCGCUAGAGCGUGCUUUCGCGGUGAACGACAUCGAAGUGCUGAAAGCGGAUUACGAUGCAGCGCGGGCCAGUGAUAACGAUAAAAAGACGGCACUUCAUCAGGCGUUUCGCGAUAUGUUGCUUACGAAGGCGGAGGACAUACCGGCGAUCGAGGGUUUCAUCAGCUUUGCGGUAAACUCGUGCAGAAAGGAUAUGACCGUCGCUACGAUGCCGGUCGUACUGCUUGGUGACAUUUUUGACGCAGUCACGCUGGACCGGGCCGAACAGAUAUUUACGUACGUCGAGAACAAUGUGGCCAUUUGGAAGGAGGAAUUUUUCUUCACCGCAUGCAAGCACAAUCUGCUCCGGAUGUGUAACGAUCUGCUGCGGAGGCUUUCCCGCUCCCAGAACACGGUCUUCUGCGGUCGGAUACUGUUGUUUCUUGCCAAAUUUUUCCCAUUCUCUGAGCGCAGCGGUCUGAACAUAAUUUCGGAAUUCAAUCUGGAGAACAUCACCGAGUACGGUAUGGAUGGGGAUGAGAUGAUUGUGGAGCAACUGUCCGGUAGUACGGAAGCGGAAGUGGACGGUGAAGCGGAAGAGAACAAACUGAAGAUUGACUACAAUUUGUACUGCAAGUUUUGGGCAUUGCAAGACUUCUUCCGCAAUCCCAACCAAUGCUACAGCAAGGUGCAGUGGAAAACGUUUGAAACGCAUGCGAAAAGUGUACUGUCCGCGUUUAGCAGCUUCAAGCUGGAGGAACAUCGUGGUUCCAGCACAACCUCGAAAGCGAUCGAUGCAACCGCUGCCGCCCACUGCCCGAUGGAGGAGGAUGAAAUCCGAGAGUCGGGACACUUUUUUGCCAAAUUUCUCACCAACCCGAAGCUACUUUCGCUACAGCUUUCAGAUUCCAACUUUCGGCGCUCGGUGCUGGUGCAGUUCCUCAUCCUGUUUCAGUACCUAAAUUCGACGGUAAAAUUUAAGGCCGAAACACACGUCCUCACACAGCCACAGACCGAUUGGUUGAAGGAAACGGAAACGCAGGUCUACCAGUUGAUCGAAGAAUCGCCACCGAAUGGUAAAAAGUUUGCCAACACCGCGCGCCACAUGCUUUUGCGUGAGGAACUUUGGAACAGCUGGAAGAACGAAGGAUGCAAAGAGUUUAAACGUCCCGAAGCCGUACUAGAGGAUACGGGUUCAUCAACGGUACCGGCCGGUAGUGGUGGUUCGGCAACGGCAGGAAGUACUCCAACCUCGGGCAGUGGUCGACCACCGGCAAAACGACCCCGCAAACCGUUAGGCGAUCAAAUCCGUGAUGCAACCCGGCAGGGCAAGUUUUACAUGGGCAAUCCGGAGAUUACGCGCCUGUGGAACCUUUGUCCAGAUAAUCUGCAGGCAUGCAAAGGUACCGAUCGGAACUUCCUUCCGUCGCUUGAAACGUACCUGGAAAAUCCGAAGGAAAAGCAAGACCCAUCGUUCGAAUGGCGUGCAUUGCGGCUGCUUGCCCGUCAGUCACCUCACUUCUUUACGCUGUUUAACACACCGUCGUACAAAGUGUCCGACUACUUGGAAAGCGUACGGAAGAAGAUCCAAAAGGACAAGCUGGACAUUAAGCUGGAGCAUGCGAUACAGGAAGAGACGGCUCCAUCGAACGCUGAACAAGGGCCGGAAGUGGAAGGCGAGGGUCUGGUGGGAGAGGAAGAGCAGGAACAGAUGGAUACGGAACUGUUGAAAACGGAGCAGCUAACACCGGAGGACAAAAAUACACACAAGACGCUAGCGGUGACGAAGGAACAGCUGUCCGAGCUGGCACCGAGCAUUGGGCGAGACUGGAAGAAGCUGGCAACGAAACUCGGUUACGGUGCGGACGAGAUACAGUACUUCGAGUCGGAACAUGGCACCGUGGCGGAACAAUGUUGCCAUCUGUUGACGCUGUGGUUCGACGAUGAUAUGGACGCUAGUCUGGAUAAUUUGGCAUACAUACUGGAGGGUUUGGACAUGAUACCGGCCGCCGAUGCGGUGAAACAGAUGAUUGCUCUGCUCAGUGAGAAGGUUGAGGAGGUAUCAGAAUGAGAAACAGUUAGGUAAGUAAUGUAAUGUAAUUCCGAACGUAAUGUUCAACAAAAUAAAGAAUGGUUUAAGAAAAGUG